GCUAUUACACAAACCCAAAAAGCAACUUCCAGCUAGUCGGUGUUUGACGGUCAAAAGUGUAGGGGAAAGUGUUUGGAAGGACAGGCCUGCAUGGUUCAGCGAUUCGUCCAGCAGGGCGACUACUGCUCGUGCCGAGUAGCAUCACCCGAAAACGCGAUGCCAUUCACUGGUGGCCGGCUCUUGCUAGCCGAUUACUGAGUGUGUGCGAGUGGUGCAGCGAGGUGGUAGCUUCGCAUUUUUUGUUUUAAAUUGCCUCACCGGUGCACCGGUUUCCGCAAGAAUACGGUGGUACGGUGCGUGUGCAUUUUACAGCGUCCGCGUGUAGGAGAGAACAACGCUGCCAACAAGAGAUUGCCUUUUCAAGAGACUGGAGGACGCGAGGCGACAAGAACGAAACUGGUUCGAUCGCUGGGUGGCAGCAAAAGAGAGAUCGCGUUCGAAACCGCGUGGAUAACUGCGGCGAUCGUGGCAAAUGCAGCAUUACCAGUAACGUGUGCGUCGUUGCUUGAUCGAACCCCACGAUCGUUCUUAGUGGCAGUCUGGACGAUCUGGAGCUUUUGUUUGCGGUGUUACUUAUUGAUGAUGUUAGCUGUUAAAAACUGCAGAAAUUAAGCGGCACAGAGAUGGCAGCCCGAUCGCUAUUAGCAUUGCAGUUGCUCCUAGUUCUGCAGCUUCAUCUUGCCUGGGGACAAUACUUCGGCCAGCAGCUUAAGGGUGUGCUUCAAUGGAAGGCAGCCGACUUUGCCUUUCCUACGCCACAGGAGCGUCAAGAGGCACUGGCAUCAGGACGAUACGUUCCAGAGAACUGCAUACCGCUCGACAUGGAUGUAGAUUAUUCUAAUCCCGCUCGAUCGCGUUUGUUUGUGACCAUUCCGCGAUUUGUAGAGGGCAUCCCGUACACGCUUGGGCGUGUGAGCCGCGUUCAAGGUCCUUCUGGUCCGCUGAUUGAGCCCUUUCCCAACGCAGCAAUACAGGCAAGACCUGAGACCAACAACUGCCAAGGAAUUGUGUCCGUGUUCCGCAUUAAGAUCGACGAAUGUAACCGUAUGUGGGUGCUCGACACGGGAAAGAUUGGCGAAAAACGCAUCUGUCUGCCGCAGCUGGUAGUGAUUGACAUGAAGACGGAUAAAAUCAUCCAUCGCUAUCAAAUACCGGCCGAUCAGCUCGUGUGUGAACUGUCGCUGUUGGUAAACUUGCUUGUAGACGUACAGGACCCAUCACCGCUUGGAUCGUGCAAGAAUACGAAAGUAUACAUGGCGGAUGUCACUGCCCCGGCGAUGAUCGUGUACGAUAUGCCACGAGGCAAAUCAUGGCGCAUAACGAACAAACAAAUGCACCCCAACCCAGACCACGGUACCUUCACCAUCUCCAACGAGAGCUUCGAUCUGAUGGACGGCAUGGUGGCAAUGGCAUUGUCUCCGCGCAUACCAACGGACAAUGUGGUAUUUCAAUCAAACUACGGUACAAACUGGCGCCCGUCCAAUGACCGAUUGCUGUACUUCCAUGCGCUGGCAUCAGUGACAGAGAAUGCAGUACGCACCUCCGUGCUGCACAAUGACACCAUUUGGGAGGAAGACGUCGAAGCAAUGCCACGAGCCUUCCGCCCAAUUGGCGUACGCCCGUCGCAGGCGGUAGCAGAGGCCAUGGACAGCAAUGGAAAUUUAUUCUUUGGAUUGGUUGGGCAGAAUGCGAUCGCGUGCUGGGACUCGACGACGCCUUACAAUCCGGCCAACAUGCGUAUCGUGUCACAAAACAGUGAAACAUUACAGUUCCCUAGCGGAGUAAAGAUCAUACGGAACCGCAAGGGAGCCGAGGAGCUGUGGGUGUUAACGUGCCGUUUCCAAAAGGUUAUGACGGGAUCGUUGAACACGAACGAGACCAAUUUCAGAAUACAGGCCAUACAGAUUCCGGAGAUUCUUGGAUACAAAAGCUCGUGUAGAGUGUAAAGUUUUGGUAUGAUGUGCAUGGGAGAUUGAGGGAGAAUGAUUACAAAUAAAACAUUACCAUUAAGAAAUAAUUAAA